CGGGAAGAAACCAAACAACUUGUAGUUAGUUUCACUUUUCCUCCACUGCCUGUGAAGAGUGGCGAUCUUUGCGAGUUACCGAGAAAGGAGAAAUCAGCGUGAAACACACGCAAGAUGUCAGAGGCGGGCAGGAUUGUAAGAGUGAGUGGGCUGCCCACAGACAUGGAAGAUGUCAGGCUGAAAGACAAGUUACUCAUUCACUUUCUCAGAACAAGGAAUGGAGGAGGGGAAAUAGACCAUAUCACAAUUGUGAAGUCAAUGCCUUUAUAUGCUCUCAUCACCUUUGAGGACAGUGCAGUGGCACAGAGAGUUGUUCAACACCGCUGCCACAUUCUGGAAAUAGAUGGGAAGAAGUAUGAACUCAAUGUUUCACAGCAUCCCGAAAGCUUGGACCCAGACCAGGUCGUCUUAAGUUUAACAGCAAGGGUUGACUACAGCCGGCUUCCUGGGGGAAUCAUGGCGCUGAAAAACCUUCGUAAAAGUCAUCAGGAUGUCAAGAUAAACCCUAAUGCUACUGAGAAGUGUUGCACAUUGUUUGGCUCGUACUCCAAAGUGCAGGCUGCUUUGGCCCAACUGCUGUGCCAUCCUGGAGGUCCAGAAUUCUCAGAGAACAAAUACUCAGAUCCAGCUGCCUCCAGCAGGAUUUGGUCUUUUCAGAAAUCACAGAAGCCUCAGGUAUCAGAAGAUCGGAGGAGAAACUCUACCAAGCACAAAGAACACAAAGAAGAAGAAGAUGACUCUGACCUUUCAACAGAGGGGGAAAACUUAAGCUCAAACAGAAAUCUGGCACCUGGUGGUGAUGACUGGGAAGCUGCCAAUCACACAGACAGUGCAGCUCAGCGCUCUCCUACUGCUUUCAUAGAGGAUUCCUCUCUGAUUGUAGAUGCAGAUGUGUUUCAGUAUCUGCAGAAGCACUGCCAGAAGGAAUACCAGCAAAUCCUCAGUCAGUUCGGUGUUGAGGUGGUGAAUGAAACAAAUCAGGGCCUGACCACUCUGUUUUUGCACAUUGCUGACACAGCAGUGGUGAAUGAGGGUCAGGACUGCAUGAAACUAGCUAAAAAUGCAAUAAGUCGACUUUACCAGGAGAAUGAGGCAAAGAUCUGUCGAGACCAGCUUCCUAAGAGUAUCCUUCGCCCCAGAGGAGGACUGCAAUGGCUAAUAGAGAACUUAAGUGCAAGAUUUCCAAAGCUUCUUCUAAAUGAAGAUAAGCUGAAUAUUUACUUUAUUGGUAGCAGCAGGGAUGUAUCUGAGGCCAGGCACUCUCUUUUAAUGGGCCACGAGGAAGAUAGAAAUCAAAAGGAGGGUGUCGCCAGUCUGCUUAAUUUCCCUUCAUAUAAUUCCGGCUCAUCACCAGUUCAUGCUGAUGAAGAACAAUUGCCGCGGACUAAGCCUCACACUGAAAGACCUUUGGAUGAAAGGUCAGAUCGGACGCUGAUAUCAGAGGAAGAUGAACUAAGACUUGAUGGAGCCAGAAGGUAUAAACUUGCUGCUCGGUUUAAAGAUUCAGGACUUGCUGGUUUGGGCAGCUUCCCCUUCCGCCCAAAUGCAUCACCCAGCAGGCAAGCAUGCCAGGAACCGAUUCUGAGGCACAAUGUGCUCUCUGAAACAACAAAGAUUUCUGGUGGAGAGAUUUCUAGUGGAGGCCCUCAAAAUACAGGAGAGGACAUAUUGUUCAAAAGCGCUUAUACAUCUUCUCCAUCUGUGUUCACAAAGAUUGAAGCCAAUUUAAACAUAGGUAUGGUAGAUACCAGACCAAAGAAUUUAAUAUCCCAGUUUGCUCCUUCCAGUCUUCCACAAAGUACGUCACUUCCACCUUCUGGGUCUGGAUCUAUUUUAAAGCGAGCCAAUAGUUUCUCAGGAACGCCUCAGCAGAAAGCUCAAGUCUUGGGUCAGAAGAGCCACGAUGAUUCAAGUAAAUCCACAGCCAGAGUCUGGAAGCGGUCCUCCAGCUUUAGUAGCCAAACAGUAAAGGAUACACAAGAAGUCCAUCAUGACGAGAUCUCAGUUUCCCGGGUUAUGUGGCAGUACAUAAAAGAAGCCUACGGCACCCGAGUGGAGGACCUGACCUCUGAUCUCCAGAUGGAAGAGAGCUUCUCCGAGGGCAGUCGGGAUUUGACUGUUAGAUUAAAAGGAGCCGACUCAUCCAAAGUGAAAUUAUGUCGGGAGCGUCUACAGACGCUUGUAGAUUCAGUUGCUGCCGACUUCUCGGUUCAGGAGCUGCGCAUGUCUGAACUGGACAUUUCAAAUCCUGCUGAUGAAACCUUACAGGCUUGCUGCUCUGAGGUGCGGAGCCGCUUCAAGAAAGUUGUUAUCCACACGAUGAAGAAGAGCUUGUAUCUAGUUGGUCCUGAACAAUUGUGCUCUCAGGUUGCUGCUACACUGAAGGAGGUAUUUUCUAGAGAAUCUGAACAACAUGACUUCUCAAACCAAGUUUUGCCAUUGAAUGCACCCCAAAGCAGAAGGGGAUGCCUGGAUAGCAGUCAUCAAGUGAUAGCAUCCACUCAAACUGCCAAGGCUGAGGGGAACAGUAGGACUCAACAAUGGAAAACAACCUAUGACAGAGAUGUUGGGGAGAAGGGGCUUUUUAAUGGAUCAAAUAGCCAGUCAGCAGUAAAGAAAGAGUAUGUCUUCAAGGAGAAAGAGGAUGGACAAACAGUUGAAAAGAAUCCUUUGAAUAGCAAGAAAAAGAGAACAUUACAUGCUACCGAAAUGGAUACUACAGGGCAUAGACCUGCAGAGACCCAGAGCACUUCAGAGGAGGCCAGAUCAGGUCUGGGAGGACGGGCUUCCACAUGUGUUUGUGGGGAGAGCAAGAAGUCAUUGGUGAGGACAAAAUGUGAGCUCACCAUGUGCACAGCAUGCCUAGAAACAGUGCACACUUACUGCAAGGUCUGCAAUAAAACAGAGCAGACACCCCGAGGCAUCCACGGAAAAAUGAAGACAUCCAAACUGAACCUGAGUUUACCGGGUCACAAGGGCGGUGUUAUGAAGAUCACUUACCAUAUUCCUGAUGGUAUCCAAGGGGAGGGUCAUCCAUCACCUGGAAAACCAUUUAAAGGGGAGGUGUUUGAAGCCUUCCUCCCAGACAGUGACAAGGUGAAGACACUGCUUCCCCGGCUGGAAAAAGCCUUCAGGCAGGGACUCACCUUUACAGUGACUGGGAAAGGGACACAGGCCACUGUCACCUGGGACUGCAUCCCACACAAGACCAGCUUACAGGGAGGCAAAGCUCAAAAAGGGUACCCAGACUCCAGUUACUUGACACGCUUGUCCAAUAUCUUGGCUUCCAAAGGGAUUGAGUAGCCGUCGGCCAGGUCAAAAUGGCAGCGAAGGAAUUUUUACUUGUAAUUUUUCUUUUUUGUUUAAAAUCAUUUCUUUUCAUGUCUUUUUUUUGGUAUUAUGUUGUAACAUGUCCUAUUAUGUCUUAUUUAUCAAUUAAUGUGUAUAUAACAGAAAUAUGGCAAUGGAAAUAAUAUAUAUAUAUUUUUAGAUUUUUUAAAAAAUUGCUCUAAAUUUGCUUAAAUGUUCCACCAUCACAUUUUGCAUCACUUCAUGCAUUUUCUCAAAAAUGUUUUCUACCUUUUCAGCUUAUUCAGUUUUUAAACAAAUAUUUUUUUAUGGUAUUAUGUGCACAUUACUGUAUAGUUAGGUACCUUGGAUCAUUCUGUAUGGAUUUAACCACAAUCCAUCUGGCUAUUUGUAGCAUACUGGAGAACAUAAAUAUAAAUAAAAAGAGCACAUUUCCUGACUUUUUUUUAAUGCUUUUUUUUAUUAGUCCUGGAAAACAUGUAAGGCAUAUGGUAACAUUACACACUUAAGCGUUACAAGCUCUAAAGGCCAUGUGGACAGCAUGGCACCACGCAGUAAACCCAGAGUCAAGCACAGAAGCAGCAUCCGUUCAAAGGGUUUAAAAAACAAAGUCGAGACGAGAAGUGUGUUUUUUGUGUUUUUUCUUUUUAACCCAAAAAACAUCAGAGUGAAGGAAAUCUAGAAAUCACCUGUUGGAUGUGCGUAAAAAAUGACCAGUGCUGGCAGAACUCCUAACAGGAGGAGGGAUGUGAAGUGAGCUUUCCAAAGCAUUCCCAGAGAUAGGUUAAGAUGUCACCUGGCUUUACCAGCAGGCCUUGGCGAUGCCCGUGCUGAAGAUGAGAGUAGGGAUUCUGUGGUGCACUGGCACUCUCCUCCUUCACACCACAAUACUAUGUAGAACUGAUGAGACACUACACACACAUAUGCUUUCUUUUCUGGUUGACUAAACAUGCAUUCUAAUAUUGUACUGUACAUGAAAAGCCCAGGCAGAUUGUGCUGUGUUCAUUGCAUUACCUUAAAAGAGACUGCUAAGAACAUACGAGCUGCAGGCAGAUGUUGUUUGAGUCAAUAUGAACCACAGCCUGAUCCUCCUCUCACAUUGGAAGUGGAUGUUGUGAAGGAAAAUCAUACAUUUGGAGUUUGUGUCAUAAACAUAGUGGAACAGCAGUGUGUGUGUGUGUGUUAGUAGUGAGGAAAAUUGCAGUUCGGAAUGACCUGAGAAACCAUAUAAAGAAAAAAUGAGCAGAUGAAGAUGAGCAUUUGAAAUACUGACCUCAACAUGUGUCUUCUGGCCCUAAAUUUCUGGUGUUAAUUGGCACCAUCAUAUCUAAGAAGAAAACAACAUCGCCUAUUUUUACAUUGUAAUGCUUUUUUUCCCACCAUGCAUAUUUGGGUUGAUCUUGCAUAAGUGUCUGGAAUGGUUGGGAAACCACUUCAAGAUGACAUACAAUCCGGGUUCACCAUCGUGGAAAAGCUUCCAGACGGCAUGCCAAAGUAGGAAGGUGGUGGGCCUCAUCUUAACCAGAAGAUCCAGACAUGUGAAGCACCGCCUCACUGAUUAAGUUCAUCUCAAAGGCAUUAGCCCCAAAGGACCAUUGGGAAAAUGCUGGAGGAAAAAAAAAAAAUCCUAAUCUGUUUUCCACAUGCAGAUGGAUGCAUGCAAUAUCAAAUUCCAGAUGUCAAACCCAUGUUUUAUUUUCUGUGAAAGUGAGUGCAGAGGAAAAGGGGCUGAUACCGGGAGGACUUUU